AAGAAAAAAAAAAAACCUCAUCUCAGAAGCAAGGCAACGCUCCAAGAUCAAGAUCUCAAAUUUCUCCAUAGUCUGGACGCACUGCUGAAGCAGUUUCCAGAUCUGAUAGCAAAAUUGUUGCAAAGAUGGGAUUUUUGUGCGGUUUUAGUAUCUGGGUAUUCACCAUUUGCUUGGUAGUUCAAUCUGGAUAUGGGUUUUAUCUUCCCGGUAGUUAUCCUCACAAACAUCUCGUCGGUGAUACCUUGUCAGUCAAAGUGAAUUCUCUCACUUCCAUUGAUACCGAAAUGCCUUUUAGUUAUUACAGUUUGCCGUUCUGUAAACCACCAGAGGGUGUUAAGGAUAGUGCUGAGAACCUGGGUGAGCUUCUCAUGGGGGAUCGGAUUGAGAACUCCCCCUAUAGGUUUAAGAUGCACAACAAUGAGACUGACAUCUUCCUCUGUCUAACCGAUCCGUUAUCAUCUGAUGACUUUAAGCUCUUAAAGAAGAGGAUUGAUGAGAUGUAUCAGGUUAAUUUGAUUCUUGACAAUUUGCCAGCAAUUCGUUAUACUAAGAAGGAAGGCUUUAUGCUGAGGUGGACUGGGUAUCCAGUUGGGAUUAAGGUUCAGGAUUUUUAUUAUGUGUUUAACCAUUUGAAGUUUAAUGUGCUUGUUCAUAAGUAUGAGGAGACUAAUGUGGCACGUGUGAUGGGUACUGGGGAUGCAGCUGAGGUCAUCCCUACAAUGGGAAAUGAGGGAUCUGAUGUGCCGGGCUACAUGGUUGUGGGGUUUGAGGUUAUUCCUUGUAGUGUCAUGCAUAAUGCUAAAGCUGUCAAGAACUUGAAAUUCAAUGGCAAGUAUCCAACUCCUAUUAAAUGUGAUCCGAAUACUGUGUCAAUGCCUAUUAAGGAAGGUGAGCCAAUUGUGUUCACCUAUGAGGUUGCCUUUGAGGAGAGUGAUAUCAAGUGGCCGUCUCGCUGGGAUGCUUAUUUGAAGAUGGAGGGGUCAAAGGUCCAUUGGUUCUCAAUCCUGAAUUCUCUCAUGGUGAUCACUUUCCUUGCUGGUAUAGUCCUUGUGAUCUUCUUGAGGACUGUUAGGCGGGACCUAACUCGGUAUGAGGAGCUUGACAAGGAGGCUCAAGCACAAAUGAAUGAGGAGUUGUCCGGGUGGAAGCUUGUUGUUGGUGAUGUUUUCCGUGCUCCAUCCAAUCCUGCUCUCUUGUGCAUUAUGGUUGGAGAUGGGGUCCAGAUUCUUGGGAUGGCCAUUGUAACAAUAUUGUUUGCUGCUCUUGGAUUUAUGUCACCAGCUUCCCGUGGAACUCUUAUUACAGGUAUGCUAUUUUUCUACAUGAUCCUUGGUGUUGCAGCUGGUUAUGUGGCAGUUCGUCUUUGGAGAACAAUAGGAUGUGGUGAUCACAAAGGAUGGGUUUCUGUCUCUUGGAAGGCUGCUUGCUUCUUCCCUGGCAUUGCCUUUUUUAUUCUAACCACUUUGAACUUCCUAUUGUGGGGCAGUCAUAGCACAGGAGCUAUUCCAUUUUCUCUCUUUGUUGUUCUGCUUCUGCUUUGGUUCUGCAUCUCAGUUCCACUUACCAUGAUUGGUGGAUACCUUGGGGCAAAGGCAUCUCACAUUGAGUACCCUGUCCGAACCAACCAGAUUCCUCGGGAAAUUCCACCUCAAAAAUACCCAUCCUGGCUGUUGGUUCUCGGUGCUGGCACUCUGCCUUUUGGUACCCUUUUCAUUGAGCUUUUCUUUAUCAUGUCUAGCAUCUGGAUGGGCCGUGUUUACUAUGUUUUUGGAUUUCUCUUCAUUGUCUUGAUCCUUCUGGUAGUGGUUUGUGCUGAAGUGUCUCUAGUGUUGACCUACAUGCACCUGUGUGUGGAGGACUGGAAAUGGUGGUGGAAGUCCUUCUUUGCAUCUGGUUCAGUUGCCAUCUACAUCUUCUUAUACUCUGUAAACUAUCUAAUUUUUGACCUCAAGAGUCUAAGUGGACCAGUCUCUGCCACUCUGUACCUGGGAUAUUCGCUCUUCAUGGUUACUGCAAUUAUGCUCGCCACAGGUACAGUUGGAUUCCUUUCUUCAUUCUGGUUUGUGCAUUACUUGUUCUCUUCAGUGAAACUGGAUUGAAGAAUCUACUCCAAAAUGAAGACUUGGCAUCUUGAAAAUGUUCAGAGAGGAAUCGAUGCAACCCAUACAAAUCAUUUGUUAUCUGGAUUAGCUUUUUGACAUUUCUAGCUCUACUUCUAGGGAACAUUUUACUUUAAUGUAAUAUGAAUAAUUUCCUGCAGUUUUGCCUAAUUCUGUACUUGUUACUCAUGCAUGAAUGUUUUUUAUGCAAUUAUAUUUGCUUCGUGGCUGAUAGGAAUAAGCAUACGUAGGUUGUUAGUGUUGGUAACUUGGAAUAUUGUUGGGUUUUCUUUCCACCUUGUAGUCCCUUAUCAGUUGUCCUGUUCUAUUUGUGCUUGAAUUGUAAGACUUUUAUGGUUUGAAUUUUUUAUUC